UAUUAACACAUGGAGUCAACAGUAGAGAAGACUGAUAGUUUGCCAAAAGAAAUAGGCCAGCUUAAGGAAGAAAAAGGUGUAAUUGGGAUGAAUGAUGAGGGGUUAAGGAGGGGAAGGAGCCAGGCUGAGCAGGAACAGAAAGAAUUUGGGAUGAAGAGAGGUGUGAAGGAGAAGAGGAAUGGAGAAGAUGAGGAUGGGAAGAAGGAAGGAGGAGUUUGAGGUGAUGCAAAGGGGUUGAGAAUGGUGCAUUGAGUGUUUGAAUUGGCGUAUUGUGCGUUAGCUUUGUCUUAUUUCUACUCUAUUAUGGAAAUUAAAGAAGAAGAAUCAGUGAGAUUGAUAGCGCCGAUGAUGUACGCUCUAUGAGCUUGCUUACUUAUGUAUUUAAUAACUCUUAUGCUGGUCUGAAGAAGCUUAGGGAUUAUUAUCGAUAUUUUGCUGCUGAUCUUAGCAAUCUCCACUAAUUUUUACGAAAUACAAAUAAAAUAUCAAAUUCCAGGAUACCAAGAAGCCAUAAAUCAUGACUUCCUCAACAUCUCAAGAGUUCUAAAAAUCAUAAUGAUUCAAAGGAAUGCCUCUAAUUUUUUGCACAAAGCUGGAAUAAUUCUUAAUUCAAGGGAUAAAGGACUUAGCAGAAAGGAAACAGUAACUGAUAUGAUUAGUGAAAUUAUCAAUUAUUUAGCAAAAACCAACAGAGAAUUUCUCAACAAAAGAAAUAUUGAAGUAAUUACUGAAGGAUUAUACUAUGCAUAUGGUCUCUCAUCUUUUCAGGAAGCUCAAAAUUCCAAGAGGCCUCGACUCACAGAAGAAGAUAGCGAGUAUGGAUACCGUCACUAUGAAAUCCUUGAGGAGGAAGAAAAUCUUGAACAAGAUAAUCAAGUUCAAUUAAAAAUUAAUCAAUACAAAGAAGACCUUACAGACGAGGUUGUAGAUAGUCUUCUCAAGAAGAUAUCAGACUUUGAUUUUGACAUCUUUCAACUUAAAGAAGCCACUAAAGAAAACGAGCUAGUUACCAUUAUUAAUUAUCUUUUCGAAGCUAAUAACUUUUAUGAGAAGAUUGGAAUUAUCAAAGAAAAGUUCCAAUACUAUUCUGUAGUAAUUCAGGAGCUGUACAAUCCGGUUCCUUACCACAAUAAAACUCAUGCAAGUGAUGUAUGCCAAUCUUGAUACUAUUUUAUUCAAACCCUGGGAUUUAGAGAAAAAGGGAACCUAUCUGCGAUGGAAGAAUGAUCCAUACUCUUAGCAAGCUUCAUCCAUGACAGCGAUCAUCCUGGGUAUAACAAUUUAUACAUGAUUAGAACAAGAGAUAAGCUUGCUAUCAGAUAUAAUGACAAAAGCGUUCUGGAAAACCAUCAUAUUUCUGUUGCAUUUUCAGCAAUGAUGAAAUCUCCCAAAACUCGAUUCAACGAGAACCUUAGCAAUGGUGAAUUUGAUACAAUGAGGUCUCAGAUCAUUGAUUUAGUUCUAGCAACGGAUAACUCAACUCAUUUUUCGGAAAUAUCCCACUUGAGGACAAGAUUAGAUAGUGAGGACUUUGAUCCAAGUGGAGAAGAUAAAGCUAAAAUUUGUAACUACCUCAUCCACAUUGCAGAUAUUAGUAAUCCAAGCAAGCCUUGGAAGAUAUGACAACAAUGGGCAGACUUGUUGUGUACAGAGUUCUUCUUCCAAGGAGAUAAAGAAAGAGAGAAAGGGAUUCCUAUUUCCUUCCUGAUGGAUCGUUAUACUACGAACGUGGCUUCAGGCCAAAUAGGAUUUAUCGACAACUUUCUAGUGCCAGCCUUUAAUAUCUUAGUCAAGCUGUUACCAGAAUUUGAACAAAAUAAUGAACAAAUGAGAGAGAAUAAGAAACAAUGGAAAUCGCUUGAAAAAGAUCUUUGCCCAGAAAAAAAUACUCAAAAAUGCAAAAAAAGCUAGAACCACCUCUUAACACUCAGUAAAUAGCUAAUCUUCAACUAAAUUUCUUAAA